UUAACCCAUCGUUGUUUUAUAUAAACGAAAGUAGCGGCUGAAAUGAAAUAAAUACGAGAUAAAUUUCAGGCGAGUUUGAAAGGAAGAAAAUUAAACACACAAAAUAUACAGUAUGGCAACUUGUGCAAUCGACGUUUAUAUCAAACUGCCUAGUGGCAAAGCGAUUUCGUCGCAACAUUUACCUUCGGACAACGUCAAACAAAUCGCUGCGCAUGUUGCUAAGGGCGAGGGCGUAGCUGAGGCAAGGAUUCGCCUUAAGUAUCAAGGAAAAACACUUGAUAAAUCGAAAACGAUCGGAUAUUUGGGCAUCUGUGCGGAGACUAUUUUAAAGGCAGAGGUUAUAUUUCCAAAGGACAUCUGUAUUAUGGUGAAUUUUCCCGAUGGUAGAUGUGAUCCUAUUACAUUGGAAAAUAUUGACACUGUCAUGACUUUGAAGAAAAAAAUUCAGGAUGCUGAAGGAAUGUCGCCCUCAACCCAAGUUAUAAAGACGUCUGCCGGGCAGACUAUCAGCGGCGAUUCGAACCUAUUGUGUGAUGUAGGCGUGGGGGAUGAAGCCGUAGUCACCGUGCAUGAACAGAAACCCGUGAAAGCCCCAGUUGAGGGAAAUGCUGAUAUCACAGAAGAAGUCGACGAGGAAAAGAAACAGGAUUUAAUCAACACAUUUGAUGCCAGUGGUAGAAAUGUGGAAGUUGUAUUUUGUUUUGAUACAACAGGCAGCAUGUACAGUUGUCUGUCUCGGGUCCGUGAGAAACUUCGUGAGACAUGCACACGUUUGCUGAGAGAUAUACCAAACAUGCGUAUAGGAAUCAUGGCAAAUGGAGAUUAUUGUGAUCAUAAUGUGUAUGUGGUAACCUCCAAAGAUUUGACUAGUGACACCGAGACUGUGGUUAACUUUGCCCGGGGAGUACAAUCGACAGGAGGAGGGGGUAAUGGAGGGGAGGCGUAUGAAUGGGCUUUACGUAAAGCUCAGCAGCUAGAUUGGUCAGAAGACAGUGCUAAAGCCUUCGUAAUGAUCGGCGAUGAAAUUCCCCAUCCACCUUCAUACACUGAUCAGAAUUUAUUUUGGCGGGACGAACUUGAUGUAUUGGCUGGUAUGGGUGUCAAGGUAUAUGGUGUGCAAGCUUUGAAUGCUACCGAGUCCACUCCGUUUUACGAAGAACUCGCAGAGCGAACGAACGGUUUUUAUCUUCAGCUCAAAGAUUUCAACUUGAUCACAGACAUGUUUCUAGCAGUUUGUUAUCGGGAAGCGGAUCAUGGUCAAGAAGACGCAGAUCAGGGUCAGUUAGACGCUUUUGUUGAGGAAGUGGAAAAAGAGGGCCGUAUGACAGAGAAUACAAAACUUUUCCUUGAAAAACUAAAGGAAGACAAACCAAAAGAAAAACCAUCUAGAUCUUCAAGAAAUAAGAGAUAUGUAGCACAGGAAUGGUGGGAUCCAACAAUAAAACGAUCUUUCUCUAAACCACAGUAUAAAUAUGUUCAGGAAACGGAUUCAUGGCUACCUUAUGAUCAUUCACCAAGAUCGUCAACAAGGGCGUCAUGUUCUACGUCUUACACACCUCCAACAACGACACCUCCAACAACGACGAGGAAAACGUCAAAGUUAAGACAACUCAUCAGAACAUUGUUGCGCAGGAAAUGAGCUGGAAAAGAAUUACGUACGUACGAGAAGUGCAAAAGGCGCUGUAGAUUGGAUUAAAUCUACGAUUAAGUGCAAAUUUUCGAUGCUACAAGAAUGCCUUGCCAGAAUUUCUGCAGUGGUGAGAAUCGGCGAGAUAUGACCAUUUUGUGUCGAUUCGCCGUAAAACCCAACUCACUCACUCACUCAGUGGUCAGACAGAAAGAGAGUUAAUUCGUCGAUUCGUUUUUCUAAGAUCUGAAAAAUGCACAUCAAAGUGUUCAGAUUAACUGAUUCAAUUCGUCUUAAAAUCUGGGGUCGAUAAAUGAGACCUAAAUUCGACAAGGCUUCAUUCUCACGCUCAUAAUGCACGAAGCAGUUGCAUUCUUAAACGUCAAUGCUUACCGUGUUUUCGUGGACUUGUAUGGCAGCAGAGUGUCAUCGAAUAAGAAACCAUCCAAGUUUUCUAUUAAUUUGUGUUUUUCUACAGUGAAUACAACAUUGCAGGACAAUGUUUAGUCUCCAUUUACAUUAACUUUUAAGUCUGAACUUUAAGACUAUGAAAUGCUUAUUUUUCAUUUUGUUGUGACAUUUAUAGAUAAAGAUAUAUUAUAAAGAAACAUUGCAUGAAUGUACCUUCUAAAGGUAACGCUGACUACACAUUUUAGCAUAUUGAAUAUGAAUAGUUGAUAUUUUCGAGUCAACUGUCUGAUCAACCUUUUACGUAAUACGUUUUCCCCUGUACAAUAGUUUUUAUUUCAUUUUUUGUUCUAAAAAAAAAAAAACUUUAGUGGUUCGUAUUUUCCAUUGUCAGUUUCAGCCAUUUCUGACACAAAAAAUUCUUAAAACGUCAAUUUGACUUCUUUCUUAGACUAGAACCAGCCCGAUGUUUUUGGAUCAUUUAGAUAUCUACUCAAAUAUUUUGUGAAAUAAGUGCAUUGGAAAUAGAUCUAUUUCUUUUUCUUUUCGAUAUAGUAAAUAGGGCUGGGACGAUUUCAAAAUUUAGAAACCGGUUAAUCAUUUGUAUGAAAUCGAAUCGAACCGGUUAAUCGGCCGCCAUAUUUAAAAUGCUGUUUUCUUUCCUGACGACCAUAUAAGGUACUUCCAGCAGCUGACUUCAUCAUGAACUUACGGACUUUAUCGGUUGCAAGCAGUGUGGUAAUUAGAUAACGAGUCCUAUUUUGGUGUAUUUUAAUUUAGAUAUUAUAUCACAACAGGCUAAUCCGAGACUAUCAAUUAUGUUCAAGUUAUGUGUUUUUGUGGCAAUAAACUGCGGGUCUGUCAAAUAGUAUGUACCGGUCAAAGAAAUGUAGAGCCAUAAAUAUAAAGUACAAUUCGUGAUGCUUACUGUUUGAGAGCGAUUAGCGGUUUUGCAAAAUUGGAACCGGUUUUAACUAGUAAUCGAAUCGGUGUUUGUCGACAGUAUCUUCAUGUUUACAAUAUUUACUGUCCCCCGUAAAGCAAUGUGCUAUUUAAAUAAUGACAUGUGUACUGUAAGAAGUAUGUUCCAUUUUGUAUGAACUUGUUUUUUUUUCAGUUCUAAACUAUUUCAAAAAGAAAUUGGUUGUGUUAAAGUGACAUUAUGCGCACCUUACUGUACAUAGUGUGUUUUUGGUGAAUGUUUUAUAAAAGCAAUUUGCGGUUGCUGUGCAUUUAAAUGUGUUAAAUUAAUGACAAUGUCGCAUAAGUAUUUGAAGUUUAUGUUUUAGAAAUAAAGAAAUCGGACUAAUAAAAUAAUAGUUCUUUUCUUCAAUCUUCUACGCAAUGAUCUCCCUUACCUAUAGGUAGAGAUUUCGGAAGUUGAAGGGAAGCAACUCCUGCGUGCAGUUUGACUUUUCUUUAAAGGACUGCCCCUGUCAAAAUAAGAAAAGUCAUAUAUGGACUGUUAUUAUUUCGUACUGGUAACAGGAAGAGUUUGGUAUAUCGGGUUAAAAGCUAUAAUUUCCCCCACCCUUUUUACACACAUAUCUAUUUCAGCUGGAUUUUUACUUGAAAAAUGCGUAUAAUUCCACUUUAAAGCUUGCAUUGAUGCCAUAUAAUAUGAUUGUAAUAUUCUGUAAAUAAUCCAUGUACAUAGACCUUUACUGAAUAAAACUUGAAAAAGACUGAA